UCGUUUGUUCGACGCAAUCCGUGGUGUCGCAUCGUUCGCUUCCAUCUCGCGUGGCACGAGAGCAACUAGAUCGAAUCCAGUCCAAUUUUUCGUCGCUUGAACGUCACGCUUCUAUAUAUUUAUAUUAUGCCAGGUGUCGCGGGGAUUUAUCUCGUAGCCAAACUUUGUGCAAGUGGUAGAGUGGCACGAUUUUCGCGAAAAAUGUGCGAAAGUUGUGAAUUGAUCGAGGUUGUCGUAGUGGGUCUCGUUUCACCGUUCGUUUUCUUCCAUUUUUGAGAGGAAUUCGAAAUAUCGAAUGGAUUAAUCGACAAAGCUGACGCAAAAUGGAUUACUGUUGAUCGUUCUUCGAGUCUCUUCUAUCCCGUUUCCUACAAUAUAUAUUUCGAAUCUUUUUCUUCUAUGAAAGAGGGUAAAAAUAUGACGGUGACUAAAACGAAUGGGAAAGCGGCGAUAGAGACGAGAAUUUUCAACGAGGAUGAGAAGGAGGUUCGAAAUAAUACCGCGUUGUUACCUAUGGAUGGAAAGGAGAGAGAGGAGGACGAAGACGAGAUCACGUUGGAAGAUUUGGCUCCCGAUGGUGGUUGGGGAUGGAUGGUCGCCAUAGCCAUGAUACUGAUCUUCAUUACGACGUUCGGGCCAACCUCGUCGUUUGGAAUAAUAUUCGGCGAUUUAUUGGAAGAAACUGGCCAAGCCGGUACCGCUAUGACACUUUUCAAUUCCGUUUUCAUGGUCUCGUUCUCUAUCGCCGGUUUGAUGACCAACACUCUGCUCAAGAGGUAUUCGAUGAGGCCGGUGGGGGUGGUCGGGGCGAUGCUGUUCUCGUUUCCGAACGUGUGCCUCGCGUUCGUGCGGAACGUGUACGAGAUGGCGUUCAUAAAUUUCCUGCAAGGAUUAGGGCUCGGCCUGAUCUUCACCAUUUGCAACACGAACUUUAACGCGUACUUCGUGAAGAAGAGGGCGCCGGUGAUGAGCGCUGCCCAAGUGAUCAUCGGCCUCGGUGGAAUCGCGUAUCCCAUAUGCAUCGACAAAAUGAUGAAAAUGUACGGAUUUCGAGGGACCGCGUUGAUGACGGGCGCCAUGAGUUUGAACUCCAUCGUCGGUAUGACGAUGAUGCAUCCCGUUGAGUGGCACGCGAGGAAGCCGGAAGACGUCAGGGCGGAGAAGAGGAGGGCGAAAGAGGAGUGGAAAUUGCGUGGUGUGAUACCGGCGUCGGAUCGUCGUUACAGCGACUUUAUAACAGCCCCUAUAAAAACGAGAUGCAGCAGCUUAACGAGCCUCAAGGACGAGAGUGGAAAACAGGUUCCGCUUUUGAUUGAAACGUUGAAAACUCCAGCGAAAAGGGUAGCCUCGAUAUCCGAGAUCGAAGACAGAAUUUACAAUCGAAUGAAAUCUAAAUCGAUGCGUGAAUUGUUGACGCAACGUUUAUCCGCGUUUUCCUCGUCAAGUUUGAUGAAUUUGGUGACAGGGAUCGGAAGUCUAGGGGACACCAGGCAAUAUCACUCGGACGGGACGAAAGUGAGGAAAAUAGAGAAGGGAGUGCAAGUUUCGAUGGAAGAGAAAAAGGAUAUCGGUAAACGUUCUCUACAAGAAAUCUGGGAAGAACUUCUGGAUGUCUCGCUUUUAAAGAAUUGCGGUUUCAUAAACAUUUGUAUGGGAAUCAGUUUCGUGUUGUCGAGCGACUUCAUAUUUUCUUACCUUUUGCCACUGAUGAUGACCAACAGUGGUUACACGAAAAGUCAAGCGGCCUUGGCAAUUACCGUCUGCGCAACCGCGGAAUUAGUAUCCAAGAUUUUGCUCGCAAUUUUCACUUUGUUGGUAAAAAUCAAAGCGAAAUAUAUAUUCUUCGUCGCUAUGAUUGGCAUGGCGUUCGCAAAAAUUGGUUACUUAAUGUACAAUGAAACGUUGGUCGGCAUCUUUGUGAUGAUAACGAUUAUAGGAAUGGUCAGAUCAUGGUUGUUGGUCCCUCAACCGUUAGUUAUCAUAGAGGACGUUUGUAUAAAUAAAUUCGCCUCGGCGUACGGUAUUGCCGGCGCUAUUAACGGAAUAAUAUCUAUAGUGUGCGGCCCGAUCGUUGGAUUCAUGAAGGAUUGGACCAACAGUUUCGUCGUUUGCCAGCUCGCCCUUAUUCUAAUGAACGUCCUGUUCGUUAUCCCCUGGGCAGUACAAUUCUUCUCGGUUGAUUUAUUAAAGAGGAGGAAGGAACGGGCGGAUAAUAAAAUUGCCGCCCAAACUUCCGCUCCCUUUUCUACGGAUUGAAA